CCUCCCUCUCGGGUGUCUGAGUUAGCGGACUCGUCGUAAAAACGGAGCACUGAGCACUGAGCACUCGAGCUUCACCUGCACCUGCAAUUGUCCACUCCACUUCUAAGAAUAACCCCCGAACCUGACCUGACCCAGCACCCUGCCGGCCCCACUCUCUCUCCACUCCCAUUACUCCACCGACCUGGCACUUCCAUUACGAGCUAUAAGUUUCCUACUCCCGGCUUUCUGGCGAAGUAGUUGUACAUUUUUUUUGGUCCUUCCAUUUUCUCUUCUUCUUCUUCUUCUUCUUCUUCUUCUUCUCUUUUCCAUCUUUUUUUCGCCCGUGUCUUACGCCUGCCUUCCUUAUUUACGUGACGUCUUGUUGUCCCAUUGCAAAUAGAGACAGGCACCUUCCGGAAAAGUGUUUUGUGUUUUGCUCAACAUUUCAAACAACUAUGUCAGGAAAGAUGGGCGACAGAACGGAUCCCCCCAGCGACACGAAAGUCCGAAAAACCCGAGCAAGUAAGCCAAAAGUCAAGACGGGAUGUCAGACGUGCAAGUAAGUCCAAUUUUCCAGAUCCCCAUCACUCAAUUGGGGUGGUUGCAAAUGCGUGGUGUCAAAAGUGCUAAUGUAUACCCGAAAACAGAAUCCGAAGAGUCAAAUGCGACGAGACGAAGCCCAGUUGUCUUCGCUGCGUGAAAUUUGGCCACCAAUGCGAUGGAUACGUGAGCAAACACACCACGAAGCCAUCGCAAGGAAGUCCAACGGGUGCAUCAAGAAUGCUCGUUCCCAAAGGCCCAGGAAGCAGCGGGAGUAUCGGAGAAGGCAAUGGCAUUGGCAUUGGACUUACAUGCGGGACGAGCCAACACUCGACGUCCUCAACCCCAAGCACAAGCCCAUACAGCCCAGCAGAUACGAACAUGUCAUCGCCCACCUUUACGAGCUCGAAUACGAUACACCGAUCUUCAAUGCCCAAACUUUACCCGGCGCCCAUGCGUUCGCCUAAUUCCAUCCCAAGUUAUGAUACCAUUCACACCGAACUGCAAAGGCAAAAUUACUACCAAAGUCAAAAUUAUACACGCUCCAUUCUUCACGAGACCAAGGGAUAUGAUCAGAGAGCCUUUGAGAAUUUUUGUACGGCUACCUUGCCACCCUCGUCGUCAUCCUGUGCCGUCUCCCGACAUGCAUGGACCAGCACGGUGUCGCGAGCCUGCAACGAAUCGGAGGAGAUCUUGCGCGCGGUCGUGGUCCUGGGGGGCUUCGACGUUGAUUCUCCAGCAGGGAGAAGUGGUGAGUGGACCGGUGUCGGAACCUUGCGCCAUUUCAAGGCCUGGCAAGGGUACAUGAAACCUUCCUCGAAGGAUUUCUAUCACAGUCGGGGAUUGAGUGUGGGGAGGGAGAGAGAAUUGGGUAUCGGUGGGAGGAAGACGUUGUCGGAAGGGGAACGGAAUGAUUGUUUACCAUCGUGGAGAGAGCAGGAGGAAGAGGAGACGGGUAGUUUGGGUCAGGAUGUGGUUAUUGGUCUGAGGUGUUUGAGAAAAUGGGCGUAUCAUCAGCAAAUGCACUAUGGAGUCGAAGGGCAGAUUCCCAGAGACCGACAGCUUAUGGGAGAUUUGGCAAAGAGCUUGGAACUUCGAGCUGGAUUAUAUGCUUUGCAAGUUUCUUCCGACGCGAGGGAAAGAGAACAUUCACGGGAUAGGGAAAGCAUGGAAAGAAGUGCUGAUGAGAUGGAAGUAUGAAAAGAAGCGCUGAUGAGAUGGGAGUAUUAAAAGAAUCUUGUUUCUUGGGCUGGGAGUUUUUCUCUUUUGUUUAUUUUAUUUCGGGCGUACAUAUAUUUACUGUACAUUUUUUGGUUGUCUUCUCUUUUUUUGGGGCGAGGAUUUUUUGGAAGUUUUAUGCAGAUGAUACCCAAUGAAUCAAUCGUUUUCCAUGUACUUACUAUAAAGUAUCCCAUAUUCCCUGCCCUGUCUAUCCGCCAAGUGAGUAUUUCCUUUCUUCUCCUCCUUCUUUGCUUUUUUCUUACAAACAUACCAGAUCCAAUCCAAUUCUCAAUUCCAAUAUUGAAUAAUUGGCAAUCCACAGAAGAAAAGAGAUCAAUGAUGACAAACCCAAAGCCAAGGCCAAAAGCUGAAAACUACCAAAAUCCUACGGACCUAAAAUAAACCCUCAAACAAGCAAAAACAUCCCCGCACAAAGAAGAUCUCCGAUUCUUUACCUUGCAGUACUUAUGUUGGUGGCUUAAUCGGCUUUAGUACUAGGACUUGGAGUAGGUCUAGGUCUAGGUCUAGGGCUGAAGAAAAAGGAAGGGGAUAUGGAUAUGGAUAUGGAUAUGGAAAUAGCUCACACGCUAUAGAAUAGAGUGAAGUUGUAGAGGGAUUUGAGUCAUUACUCAUUCACUCACACAGUCUAUUCACUCUUCCCUAAACCUACAGCACACCACGUGGAGAACACCUGCUCCGGUCACCUCAAACCCCUUCCAUUCCAAUCUAUUCCACGUGGUCCCUACCUUUCUCCGUCCUAGCCUUGCGACGUUAACAGCUUCGCAUCUUACUUAUUCGAGAGCGUAGAAGCGAUUGGAAUUUGGGAAGACGUGGGCGGCGUGUGGGCGUAUUGGCGUAUUGUAUACGAGGUUAGAGUGUGUGUUUGUGUGUGGCGUGGAGGUACUUGUGGAGGUCCUUCUGGUGGGGUAGGUUCUUUGGAUGGAGAUGAGAGGAGGUGAGAUGUUGAGCUUGAGGCUUAACUGACCACUGCGAUACUGGGAUCUCUGUUACCUCGCUGUUUGGGGC